AGAUCCCGAUCUUUUGUCAUCGCAUCUUCGAAUUCUGUUUUCCCAUCCCACCAAACAGCCGCCAUGCACCAAAGUACCGCUGCUCAACAGCAGGUCCACCAAGUGGUAACGGCAAGUCACAGCCAGAUACCGGUGGCCCACUACGUCAGCGUGGUGGCUUCUAAGCAAGAUGCAGCUAAAACUGCAGACGCUAUUAAAACGAUCGUCCAGACCCAAGCUAGCCAGCAGGUUGAUGGACUGACAGCAACCAUACGCAGUGAGCCAGCAGUUAUCACCUUAUACCUGCAGAAAGUUACAGAAAGUCCCUCUAAUACAAAGAGUGCGACAGGCACCAAAACACAGAUAAGAACGGUAACCAAUCAGCAACAACAGCAGCGACAAUCGCAAGUUCAUGUUGUUUCGCCAAACCAACCACAGAUGUACUCCACCAACCAACUACAAUACGUUGAUUCUAGUGGUGACCAUGGCGUGUACGUCAACGGUUCCUCGUCCAGCAAUUUUCAAUACAACGACACCAACCAAUUGUUCACCAGCACUCAGCAGCCAAACAACAACAGUAGUGGUCUCUACUUUGAUUCCACCUCUGGAUCUCACGUUGGUAGCCAACCUACUGUUGUAUCAUCGCAACAUCAAAUGAACUCUCUGCAGUCAAUGCAGGGCAGCGGAGGACAAAACCUCAACCAGUUCAUCGCUUCGCCCGGUGGUAGCACCUACCUUAUUCAAGGCUCUGGUUCUGAAGCGGGGAACUUGGUAGCGAUGCCUAUUGGUCACACAACGCGUGCUUCCCCCGCCACCGUGCACUGGUUAAUGGACCAUUUUGAGAAUUCUGAAGGUGUUUCUCUACCUCGUGCGUUAAUGUACAACCACUACUUGUUGCACUGCCAGGAGCAACAGUUAGAUCCUGUAAACGCUGCUUCCUUUGGAAAACUCGUACGAUCUGUCUUUAUUGGGCUACGCACCCGACGUCUUGGCACAAGAGGCAAUUCGAAAUACCAUUACUACGGGAUUCGUAUCAAAGGAAAUUCUCCACUAAAUAGUUUGCAGGAGGAGAUAAGUUAUAUAGCGAUGCGUCAACAGCCAUCAAGCCACACAAAAAGAUUUAAGGCGCUACCGCCAGCACAGGGCGACCAUAAGCCGAACAUCGAUAACCACGCAACGCAGUCAGCCACCGAGCAAGUACAACAGCAAGCCCAGCAGCACCAACAGUUCUUGGGCGAUGCUACACAAGCUUUACCGGAUCUAGACCCAAUCCAAGCAAUGGAAGGCGACCCUCCGAUGCCAAGUGGUAUAACGUCGGACGAUUUAUUGAUACUAGAGGAUCUGUAUAGAGACCAUUGUGCCAAUGUAUUGGACAUUAUCGUAAGCCUGCAAUUUGCUAUGGUGGAAAAUCUCUGGCAAUCUUUCUGGCGCGCAGAUUCCGAGAAUAUGAUGAAAAGCGAGUUAGAGGCUAAACUUCCCCGACACAAAUUAAUGAUCAUGUGUAACUGGAUUCCCGUGCAACGCUGGAUAAAAGACAGCGACCACAUGAUGUACCAGAGUUUGGUUGAGGUUCUAAUUCCAGACGUACUUCGUCCCAUACCAAGCGCCCUCACACAAGCUAUACGUAACUUCGCUAAAGGAUUGGAAGCAGGUUUAAACAACGCAUUGAAGAAAGCAGAUAUUCCGCCAGAUCUUACAAAGCUGAAGAUCGCGGCGGUUUCAGCAUUUUCUCAAACCCUACGACGUUAUACUUCACUCAACCACCUGGCACAAGCUGCUAGAGCCGUGUUGAAUAAUGUGGCGCAGAUCAACCAAAUGUUGGCCGACCUCAACCGUGUGGACUUUACGAAUGUACAGGAGCAAGCUUCAUGGGUGUGCCAGUGCCCCGACAGCGUCGUACACGAACUAGAGACCGAUUUUAAAACUGCUUUGUCGGAACAACGGACUUUGGAACAGUGGUCCGACUGGCUUGAAACUGUCGUUGGCAAAAUGCUCUUGCCGCACGAGGGCACUCCGGGGUUUACAAAAGCAGCAAGGCAGUUUUUGCUCAAGUGGUGUUUCUACAGCUCAAUGGUGAUACGAGACCUGACACUCCGUUCAGCUGCCAGCUUCGGUAGUUUUCACCUUAUCCGUCUGUUGUACGACGAAUACAUGUUUUACCUGGUAGAACAUAGAGUGGCGCAAGCUACUGGUGAAACGGCCAUUGCUGUUAUGGGAGAGUUCGCUAAUAUAUCGGUCGGUCAAUUCGGCAUGCCAGAUUCUCCAUCGUCUUCCAUGGGCACAGAUUCGUCUGCCACUCCCUCUCCAGCAUUUAUAGCUUCGGCUCCAAUAUCCAUCAUCACUUCUUCUAUCAAGCAAUUCGAAAAAGGCGUAAAGCGACCAGCAGAAGCUAUGAACGAAACCGACAACCCAUUGGGUUCUGUUUCCAUCGGUGGCAUCAAGGCGACAGCAGUGACAGAUAUGAUGACGGUUAAGACACAGGACGGAUCAUCCUGAAUAUCAUCCUAAACCACAAAUAUUACACCAUAUUCUCAGCACGGGACGAAGUCGAAUCACCGGCGCUAUCUUAUCUGACAUUCGUGCAAAGCCCGUGCAAUUUCUUGGACCGAAAACACAGAACAUUAUUGUAAUUAGUGGCCUGAAACAUUACUGAUUCAAUGAAAUACGAAAAUGCUUCAGCUGCCUAUAUGUUACACCAGGGACUUAUACAAAAAUAGCGUAAAUUUUAACCACCUACAAAAAGCAUCCGUGUAGCAUUGCUUUUACCACGAUUGUUAUAUACCUUUAAUUCUUCAACACAGCUUUUCAAACUAUUACCAACUCUCCGGGCAAAUGCAAUAUCUUGCCGCACCGUCACCAGCCCAGAGCGGCCACCAACCAACUGCCACGUCUGCUUCUACGUCCAGCCUCCAAUCCUACCAGCUUCUACGUUCCAAAAUCCCGGGCCCUAAUUCUGCAGUUUAAAUAAUAAAAAAAUUCUGCGCCACAUUCACUGGUUGCAAGUUGUUAGUCUGCACUAUAUAAUUAUCUAUAUAACCGGACUUUUAUGUUGUUUUCUGUGUCCACUUCUUGAAUUUUCGUGCCUUCACCCAAGCGUAAUGUAACCGCUUCUGUGUUUUACAAUACAAAUAUGUUAGGCGUUAUUGGA